GGAGGUUGUGGCGCUCUGCUCAAGUUCUGAUGAAGUUGGUAUUAUAUUUGCUUGUGGUCGCUACCUCCAUCCGUCUGGGCGGAUGUGGAGGAGUAAUGGGACUACAAGUCACCCUCGAGGUCGCUUUUCCACACCAACACCGCUUCCAUCUUACCUGGGAGGGUGAACAGAAUUCUUUGUAUAAGGUUUGCGUGGCAGGCUGGUCGCAUGACUGUGUGGACGUGCCAGGACCAGAGUACACGGUGGAGGAGGACCUUCCUUCAGGCAGUGUUUUCACCUUCUUCGUGAUGGACGCAGCGGAACCUGACGAUUUCUCAUCAUUCGUCACCGUCUUCUACCCAAAGGACCUGAUGGUGGAAGCACUAGAGCCUGAAACCCUUGAAGUAUCUUGGCAUCCCGACUCUACCUUGUACAUUAAGCAGGUAGGAAACGUCAGCGUGGACAACGUUACGAGUGUGAAAGUGCCCAUUGGUGACGUCAUCAUCGAACACACUUUGAACUGUGGCGUCACUGACGAGCAGAUGCACAUUCUUCCGCUCCUGUUGGAUCUGCAGCCAGUUAUUACGGGCCUUGAUGUGGAGCUUGUUAUGAACCCUUCUCGGAACGACAACUAUUUUCUCGUGAGUUGGCAUGAUAUGGAAUUCCCGACCAUUAAGGUUUGCUUAUCAGGGCCUUUGCCGCAGUGCUGGUUGGCAAGCGGUGGUAAGUACCACCUGGUCGGGUAUUUUCCUUCUGGGAGUACCUACACCUUUUACUUUAUGCCAACCAGCAUCGAAGACUUCUCCAGCUAUGUCACCGUGUACUAUCCGUGGCAGUUGGUGGUGCUCCCUCUGACGUCCUCAAAACUGUUGGUAUCUUGGGAUGCAAGCGAAAGUCCGCUUAUCAAACAGGUUUCGGACGUGGAUGUGACUGGUGAGACAAGCGUGGAGUUAGACUUCGAAGGCUCAUACGCUAGAGUCACCAUUUUCAAUACACUCAGUGGAAAUACUACAGACAGCCUAUAUAGCCCCCUCCAGCUUUAUGUCUUCAUUCCCUCACUUGCUGAAGAGCCAUACCUCAGCCUGCCCUGGGAAUGCCCCGAUACCCACGCGUGCGAGCCCGACACCCAGUGCGUCCCUGGGACGUUCAGUCUUCUUCCUGACCUUGAUGCAAAUGAGGAAGAGUUUCCCUAUUCUUGUAGAGAUGGUAACCAAACUGACAUCACUGACGGCCUGACCGCUGCCGAGGGAAAGGUGUUGUCCAUCCUUCACGCUGACAUCAUUUGGCCGGAUCUUCAGACCUCAAGCAAUUUUAGCUGUAGGAUGAGUUCAUCACUUUCCUUGUUGAAAUACAGCAUCGAUGGGAAGAAAGCAUCCGGGAAUCUACAGAUGCUAACAACAUACAUGAAUCUCUGGUCUGGCUACGAUUUCGUGACUGACUGUGUCCCUGACUCAAGUAUUUUGCCUAAUAUCUUGGCGACAUGGCAAGAAGUUGAUGUCAACGAAUUUUCAUGCGAAACAGGACAACUGAUUAACGAUACGUGUUAUGUUUAUAUUAAUGAGGAACGAGGUUUCCAUGAGGCCCGGAGAGAGUGUCUGGCCCUUGGUGGAGACUUGGCGUACUUUACACCAGAGGUUGGUGAGUGGCUCAGCGACGAAGACAUAAACGAAGCAAUGUGGUGCUUGGGAACUUCGCUGGAGGCUCGCCCUCUCAAGCCUCUUGCCCCAAAAUACAUCUUGACGCCGGGUCUCAUGUCAGUUGAUGGUGCCAGCCCCUGCUAUUCUUUCAGUGCCACCUCCAACAAUUCCUGCCUCUCCAAAAUGCCCAGUCUGUGCGCCUUCUCCCCGCAGGCCAAUCUGAUCCCCGAGACAGGAACUCCAUCAGAAGCGCCACCGUGCAAGAACCCGAAUCCUUGCUUGAACGGAGGAAUCUGCUACACUACUUUUACGGGUUUGGGCCUCGCCUCUUCGGAAAAUGCCACAGGACAUAUGUGCCACUGCCUCGAUGGCUAUUAUGGCCUCAGCUGUGAAUAUACAGGGGCCAACGGGGUAGACUAUCAUAAGAGCAAUUUGAGUGAAUUGGUGGCCCUGGAAGGAAACACACUAAACAUAGAAUACGUCUGGUAUGGAGUGCACAGUAAUUUCACUCACUGCUACACUCCAGCUGCCCUCACUCUCUUCCAGCUACGACACAAGCACGGGAGCAGCUGCAAUGUGUCCGAGAGAGACCUGCGCCUCCGCCUUCCUUCCUUUUGUCCUCGACAUCUCCGCCGUCAGCUUUUGGUGCGAUGGUCCAGCAUGCGAGUUCCUGGGUGUGCGAAGGGUGUUGAUGGUGCAGGUCCUCUUGGGUGUUAUUCUGUCACAGAUCAGGCCUACGAUAAUGCUCAGGAUGCUAAGCUCGAGUGUAACAGUCAAGGAGGAGAUUUAGCAACACACACCGAUAUGUCCAUCUUUUGCGACUUGACCGAGGAUUCCUCUAUCUGGGUCCAGUCAAGUAGUGCAUCUGACGAAAUCCAUGGUUUCUCGUUCAUGGCUGUCGGAGCUACGAAGCAAAUCUGUCCUUCAUUGCAGCCCAGUAUGAGCGACAGUAGGGGCAUGUGCAAUUAUCCUCUCACAGACACUUUUAAGAUGUCGGCCACUCUUAUUCUUGGCCUGAAUAAAACUACGACGGGCGUUGAAGUUUCCUGGGACGAGCAACCAGGAGCAGACACUUAUAUCCUGUGCGUCAUCAACUGCAUCAGCCUACCAGGUUCGACAACAGAGUACUUCUGGCAGACGGUAGAUUCAGGAACCAGACGCACCUUUACGCUAACUCCACUCAUCAACGGGGUUUCCCUGCCAAGAUCGAGCGUCUCCAUCUAUCACCCAUGGCAGUUGAGCGUGGUGGCAGGAGAGGGUGCGUCUGUCGUAGUGUCAUGGGAGCCUCUGUACAGUUCCUUCAAGCUUGCGAUGGCCAGUGUCUCCUAUUCAGGGGAGGGUUACGCUGUUGUUGAAGGCGUGGAAGAGGACGUCUUCAACUUGAUUUUCGUGAAUUCGAAGGACAGCGAGGUUUUGGAGGUGGAGGCUCACAUCCUACGCCGCGCUGGGACAGUUUCAGUCCACACACGUCCAUGGGUGAUGGUGGAAGGCUCCGUUCAGAAGGUUAUCGGACUCAACUCCCUCCUGCCUGAUAUAAAUCCCGCCAGGGCUUUUACUUUUCUCACCACUGUGUUUGAGGACCAAGUCCCUGAGCUGGAAGGGCAGGACCUGGUGAGCAACUCAAGCCUGGACAUCACCUACGCUGACUUCGCGACCUCCGAUGACUUCGACGACCCUGAGUACUGCAGUGUGAGGUCAGCCCGAGCUCUUAUCAGAUACGCCUGUCAGGGGAAGACGUCUUGUAGUCUGCCGAAGGACUUGCUAGCUUCUUACACACACCCGCCACCCACAUGGGAGAACCUUUGCUCCAACACGAACGCAUCAUACCGCCUUUUCCUCCGAGCGGGAGAAAUGUCAGAUGACAUCGAAUGCCCAGACCUGGAGGACCUGCAUGUGAAUCGCCACACGGAGGACAGAACUUGCUACGGGUUGACAAGGUCGACUCUUGGCUUCCAGGAGGCAAGGGAGGUGUGUCUCUCGUACGGAGGCGACCUCCUGCACUACCAUGACCGCCUCAGAACGUGGUUAGAUGGGGCUUGGAGUGGAGCGUUGGAAGCGGGGGACAAGAAGACCUGGGUGAUCGGCUAUUCCAGCACACCGCGACAGCUGAAGCCCAUGAUUCCACCGCAUCUGCUUCAUCCCGCUACCCUAGCCAAUGGCAGCGUCGAGGUGUGUCAGGAGAGCAACUGCGACCUUCAACAUCAUUUCGGAAUAUGUCAACUGCCACCCUAUACGUCGGAUAUACGUCAGACCAACACCACUUACAACGAACCUUGUUCUCAAAAUAUUUGUCAGAACGGAGGCACAUGUUUCACCACGCUGUCAGGGGAACAGAUGUGCUCUUGUCUCCCCUCGCUCUACGGUUAUUCGUGUGAGAACAAAGGUAAUGAGAGCGAGACAUUUAUGAAGAUCUCCAGAGUGUAUGAUCCUGAAGACAGCUACGAACUGACAGCUCCUGCAGGGAAGCUCAUCAUCGUGGAGUACGCCAUGGUCGGUCGCCCUCUCUCGACUGCUCUCAGAGGACGUCAGGGGCUGCCUUCUGCGUUCCAGGGCUGCUACUCCAGCCACUCCCACCACCUAUUCGCACGCAGAUGCAACGGCCGCUCCUUUUGCCAGCUGUCUGCCCGGGAUCUGCGCCACGAGCUGGAGACUGCGUGCCCCCCGAUGAUCACGCCGGUCGUCGAGGUGCGCUGGUCGUUCGCGGACUCGGUUGAGGUCUGCACCGGCGAGGGCGAAUAUCUCGACCUCGGAAGCGGGAUAAUCGGCUGCUUCCUUGUCACAACAGGCGAGCACGAGUCCGCCUCUGCAGCUAGGGAGGAGUGUCUCCAGGGAGGGGGCGACCUUGCUUCUGCCGCAGACAUCAAGGAGCUCUGCAACAUCGCGAGCGAGAUCUCGACCGAGACGACGUUGUGGGUCUCCGCAGACGGCGAUUUCUGGAGUUCGAACCGUUACUCCGCUUCCAUCGACGACCCCAGGCUGCUUAAUAGCGUCUCCUGCUCCGCCGAGAACACCGCCGGCGCCGAAGCCCGUGGCCUGUGCGUGUACCCCUCCUACAGAGGCGAGGCUCAGAAGUACUGCAAGAAGGACGAACCUCGCCCGGACAGGUAUCCUGGCUACACCUGGAAUGAGACAGAGGCAGGACUCAUGGCUACCAACAAGUGCCCGAAAGGCUGGACUGGCUACGCCUCCAGGUGGUGCAGCAACAACGGCACCUGGGACGAUUUCCUCGAUCUCAGCGAGUGCAAGAGCGCAGACCUGGGAGAGUGGGAAGCCCAGACAGCGAACGACAGCAUCACCGCCUCCGAGAUCAUGAACGGCGUCGCGCAAGACACGGAGGGAAUGGACCUCGCCCCGGGGGACAUCCUCGCCCUCGGUCACAUCUUUGAGCUCCUCGAGACCAAGCACGAGGGCGAUCUGAAUUCGACGGAGGACGCCGCUCUCCUCGCUGAGGAGUACAUGGAGGGAUCGUCGGCCACGGGAGACCACAUGCUCCGGGACCCCGAAUCGUGGAAGGAGCUCGACCAGGGGGUUCGAGGGGACACGAGUACGAAGCUCCAGGUCGGCAUCACCAGCGCCGCCCUUUCCCUCGCCACCCACCUCAGCAACUUCACCAAGAGCUAUGUUAAAGACAAAAUCAACGUGAGGGUCAGCAGCCACCCCCCGGAGUUCUACGAGGAGAUUUCGGAGCGCUCCUUCAGCUACCCCGACGGCAUCACCAAGAUAGAGUUGCCAAAAGGAUUUCAGACAUCUAGCCAUGGGAUGGACGGACUUGUGCCAGUUAUUUUCAAUGCCUAUGGAGAUCUUCACUGUACCUCCAACAGCGUACCGUGCAACCAGAGCUCUUUGAACGAACACUGCCAUUAA